AUGUCGGAACCACUCGCCUAUCCCAAGACCAAGAGCACCACGGUCAAUCGCUAUAACGCCAGAGCCACGUACGAUGUCAAGGCUAUUCACUCCAUCGUCAACGAAAGCUCGGUGCUCCAUGUCUCCUUUGCUCCUGACGCCGAGGAUCCAUUCCCGGCCGUGCUGCCCAUGAUCGGGACCAUGGGUUCCUACGACUAUCCGAGCGCUGGACUCGACGAGCCCCUGGAUUGCUACCUGCACGGCUACGUCAGUUCCCGCGUCAUGAGGCUGGCCACCUCUUCACCCCAGGGUUUGCCUGUCACCAUCGCAGCUACCAAGGUCGACGGACUUGUUCUCGCCCUCACGCCCAACGCCCACAGCUACAACUAUCGGAGUGCCAUUCUGCACGGCUAUGCCAGGAUUGUGGAGACAACGGAAGAGAAACUGUGGGCCAUGGAGCUGAUCACGAACUCGGUCGUCCCCGACAGAUGGAAGAAUUCUCGCGUUCCACCGGACAGCGCAGAGAUGCAGUCCACGAGAAUCCUCAGAGUCAGAAUCACCGCAGCCAGUGGCAAGUCGAGAGAGGGUGGGCCGCAUGACGAGCCGAAGGACACUACACGGGAGGACGUGACAGGGAAGACCUGGGUGGGAGUCGUGCCCGUGGUGGAGAAGUUUUACGAACCGAUUCCAGCCGCCGACAACAAGGUCGACGAACUGCCUAAGUACAUCGCAGACUACGUUGCAGAGGCCAAUGCGAGGGCCGAGGGGUACGCGUUGAAUGCUGCUCGGCUGCCCUGA